GUAGCAUUCCUGAAGCAUCAACUAAAAGAUCUAUAUCAACAGCUGCAAAGCCAUCAGAAUAAUCACAGGACGAUUCAGGAAGUGACUGAGUGGCUGCAGGAUGACGAGGCCAAUCCCAAUGUUGUGGAAUCCGAGACUGGAUGCAGCAGCGGCCAAUCGGAAACUCCGGUCCCAGGAGGGUCGUCUCUGAUUGGGCGUCUCUCGGGAGGCUCGCCUGUGAUUGGUGAGAUGCAGCUCUUGCCGACGGCUCUCUCUGGGAUUAAAGAGGAAGAGGCUGAUGCUGGAUAUGAGCACAGCCAGACAGAUGGCGAUGGGGCGCAGACUGAGAGGCAGCAGGCUGUCCCCUUACCUGUCAACAUCAAGCUGGAGAACAUGGAGGAUGAGGGUGGGUGUGAGGAGAGCUCAACCAAAGCCCAGACACAGAGCUGUAGAGUCGGGAGCCCAGGGGAACCACCUGGACACGAACACACAGAAACACCCAGCGGUGGUGGUGGCAGUGUGGGCGGCAGUGGUGGCAGCGUGUGGCGACGGCACCUGUGCCCCACCUGUGGGAGAGGAUUCCCCUACUGGUCCACUCUUCAGCUGCACAUGGCCUCCCACACGCAGGCGAUCCCCCAGGGCCUCGACCGGCCGCUCAUUGUCUGCGCACGCUGCGGGAAGACCUUCAGCCACCGCCGGCUUCUGGAACAGCACGAGCUCACGCGUUGCCACGGUCACGCCCACGCGCCAGAGAGACCAUACCGCUGCGCUCAGUGCGGCAAGACGUUUGCGCUGCCCAAACACCUGAAACAGCACCAGCGGAUCCACAGUGGGGAAAAGCCGUACUCUUGCCAUUACUGUCCGAAGAGUUUCACCUUCCUGGGGAACCUGCGCGUACACGAGCGGACGCACACGGGCGAGAGGCCAUAUGCUUGCGCGGCCUGCGGCAAACGCUUCAGCUUCGUGGGGAACCUCCGUACUCACGAGCGCAUACACAGGAGGAGAGACGCUGAGGAGGCGGGGCCAGGGAUGGGGGCAGGGACAGGGGCGGGGGCGGGGUUGGAGUGGUCAGAGGUCGUGGUUCAAGAUGGAGUCAUUUAA